CCGGGCGCCCUUUCCUCGCUGGCCGCACAAGGUGCUGUGUCCUUCACACGAAGCUAAGGCCGUUCCACCCCGGCGACUGGCACCGCGCCCCCCAACCACCACACCAUGGCCUCCGUCUCCGAGCUCGCCUGCAUCUACUCCGCCCUCAUCCUGCACGACGACGAAGUCACCGUGACGGAGGACAAAAUUAACGCCCUCAUCAAGGCGGCCGGAGUCACCGUGGAGCCCUUCUGGCCGGGGCUGUUCGCUAAGGCUUUAGCCAACAUCGACAUCGGCAGCCUCAUCUGCAACGUGGGAGCCGGCGGCGGGGCUCCGGCUGCGGCUGCUCCUGCGGGAGGGGCUGCGCCGGCGGGCGGCGGGGCUGCCCCGGCUGAAGAGAAGAAAGAAGAGGAAAAGAAAGAGGAAUCAGAGGAAUCUGAUGAUGACAUGGGCUUUGGUCUUUUUGACUAAUUAGUUUUGUACCUGCCUGUAAUAAAGAAGCAUUGAACUGUU